AAGAUGAAACUCUAUCUAACACUGCUCUUGGCUUCUAAUGCCAUUUCGAUGAUUGCCGCCAAGUGCAAUGAAAUUUGCCAUCUUAUUUAUCGUCCAGUUUGUGGAUUCAAUGGGUCAUGUUAUAAAACUUUCGGAAAUGAGUGCAUAUUUGAUAGUGUGAGCUGUAAGGAAAUAGAAGCAGGAAGGCAAGGAUACAAGCUUGUCUACAAAUCAGAGUGUAGACCCAACAACCUCCCGGCUUGUCCAAGGCCUAUUUUUGGUUAAUUGCGUUUCUUAAAUGAACGUCCAAAGUAAAAUUUGCAUUUAUUUACUUUGAUGCUUCACUUAUUUACUUCUUUCUUGGGGAAGCAAGCAUCACUUAUUUACUUCUUUCUUGGGAAAGCAAGAACAUUAAAUAAAAUUUGAAUAAUAAAUAAAGCAUAUUCAAGAAGAAAGAA